GUGAUUAAGGCAGUUCAAAACGCUUUUAAAAUACCCGAAUUGCGGAAACGCAUCAUUUUUACAGCGUUGCUCUUGAUUGUUUACCGCCUCGGUGCCCACAUUACGCUUCCGGGUAUUGACGACAUAGCACUCGAAGCUUUCUUUCAACAACUCAUGGAGCGCGGUGGGAAUGUCAUUGGAUUCAUCGAUCUGUUUUCUGGUGGCGCGUUUAGUCAGAUGACUAUUUUCGCGCUCGGCAUACAACCGUAUAUUAGUGCCUCAAUCAUUAUGCAGCUCCUGGCUGUCAUUGUGCCUUCAUUGGAGAAACUCUCCAAAGAACCUGACGGCAGAAAGAAAAUUACGCAGUAUACCCGAUACGGCACAGUUAUUCUCAGUAUCAUUCAGGGUACAACGAUCAGCAUCGUCUUGCGGAAUCCAGAAAAUAUAACUGGACAGGUAGACGAAAUCGUGAGAAACCCCGACCUCUGGUGGCAUUUCCUUGUAGUUAUAACACUCACUGCCGGAACCUCCUUUGUUAUGUGGUUGGGUGAACAGAUUACAGAGCGCGGUAUUGGACAAGGUAUUUCAUUAAUUAUUACAGUUGGCAUUGUUGCUGGAUUGCCUGGCGGUGUUACAAGCGUUUUCAGCAAUCUCGUGACAAGACCUGAGUUCGGAAUCCUACAACUCGCCCUUUUAGUUGCACUUAUUGUUGUUGCCGUUAUGGGAAUUCGGAAGAUUCCGGUGCAAUACGGCAGGCAGAUUCGCGGACGUAGAGUGAUUGGCGGACAAUCAACACAUCUGCCCCUACGCGUUAACGCCGCUGGUAUGAUUCCUAUCAUCUUUGCUGUGACGUUGAUCCAGUUCCCGCCGACUGUCCUUGGUUUUCUACCACGGGACUGGGGAUGGGUAACUGGCGUAGAAGCCCUCAUCGCUCCAGGGGCACCGUUGUACCUCACCGUUUACGCGUUGUUAAUUAUUGGUUUCACCUAUUUCUACACAGCUGUGCAAAUCAACCCAAUUCAAAUGGCAGAGGACUUACAAAAAUACGGCGGUUUUAUUCCGGGUAUACGAGCAGGUAAACAGACCGCGGAUUACAUCAACACUACACUUACACGCAUCACGCUUCCAGGCGCAGUAUUUCUCGCUGCUAUUGCUGUGAUUCCGAUUAUUAUCACAAGCCAGCUUAAUGUUGGAAACAUGGUGGAAGGUGCUUCUAUCUUGAUCGUUGUAGGUGUCGUGUUAGAUACAAUGUCACAAAUCGAAUCCUAUUUAACCGUCCGCCAUUACGAAGGAUUCUUAAAAGAUCGAAAACUCAGAGGCAGACGGCGUUAA